AAUCUCAUCUUGACUUCUCAACUUCAAAUUUAUGUCACUGUUAUAAAUUUGUUCGAUAUUGUACCUGUUCCCCCUCCGUAACAAAUUUCAGUGUGUUGUUGUAUCAUUUUUCAGGAAAUAUGAAUCUUUUCGAUUGUCAGUUACAGUCUAACCCAUCAGUGAAUCAUUCCUAUCCAGGGCACCAAGCGAAUUUCGAACAUCUGGAAGUGUCCAAUCCACAUACAGAUUCAGUGAACGAUUCUUCGGGUUCAACACCGGAAGUUACUACGUCGCCAUUUGUCACAAGCAGUGUGCAGAAAAAUCCCGAAAAAGGUUUGCAGAGAGCUAUUUACAAGGGCCCAGAUGUGUUCGGUAAAGUCCUGGGACCAACGGCGGACGAGUCCAUAUUGGUCGGUCUACAGGCGUUGAUAGAAAUGGCUGGCACCCUAGAAUUCACCAGUUUCACCCCUGACCCCAGCGUCCAUGAAACUCCUUUCGAAAGCAUCGUCAAGGAAAGUAGAGAAGCUUCGGAACCAAUCAGCCAAAGCACAGCUUCUUGUCAGUAUGGUGGAAUGGAAAAGAAUAACGUAGCUCCACCUGAGGUCUUUCCAGAAGAACUCAAGCCUGAGGUAAUGAGCGAAGUAAGAAAGAAACCUUGUAAAUACAUCAUUACUCAAGAAAAUAUAGCAGCCUCCAUGAAUGGGAGGAGGAGCAAAUGUCAACACAGCCAAACGAGGGUCUUACCAUCGUCUAUGACCAGCUACAAUCCUGACAGAGCUGACUACCCAGGUGAUCGAUCCAGUGUAAACUUGCCCUGUCACAGCUUUGAACCGCCAAAGUUUCAGUCGCCGAUGAAAUGCCAGUUACGAACAGUAAGCCCACCAGCCAGACGUCCAAGACAACUUUCACCCCCAGGAUCCGGCACCACUACGACAGACUGCCCUUGUUCGCAAUUCUACCACCAAAUGACCACAAUUUCUGUCCUUGGAAAUUCCCCUGGAGAUGCACCAUCAUGUCUGCCUUGUCCUCAGAAAAGAACACAAUGUGAACUUAUCGAGCAGCCAACUAUAAUUUUUCCCAACACCGUGGACCCCAGCGUGGUUACAGCGACAGGUUUCCGAGAGAAGAAAUCGUUAGCUUCUGAACCCACGAAGGAAACAAUCAGCACCUUCAUACAAACCAUCCCCAUACCAAGGCCGAAGAUGAGCAACGCAGAGGUAGAGACAGAGUCGACGGUAACGCAAAAGAAGUCUUCGGUCGCUUGCGAUUGCAAUUUCUGCAUACCAAUCUCGGCGGGUGUUUCCAAACCGCCAUCCAGGGUAUCGAAUGUUUGCAAGGUCGGAAGCAGCGUCAGGUUCGCUGAUGAGGCAUGCACAGAAUGCAUGUGCUCUGCCUGCUGCGUACCCAGGGAAAAGGUUGCGGAAAAGGCGAAGGAGAGGAAGGAUUCUCCGGUCAGGAGGAAUAAAUCGUGUACUUGUUCCCUGAUACCGAAAGGCGUAAGAGUUGCCGAUGCAGCCAUAAGUUGUUUGAAAGUCAACACUUCAUGUCAGUAUUGUAAAUCCGAAAUAACAACAAUUGAAUCUAGAUCCACUCAGUGUGGAAAGCAAAAUCGUAGACGUGACUCAUGCAUACAGAUCUGCUCAGAAUCUGGUGACUGCCGACCACAAAGAAAAAAGAGCGUCAGAAUACUGGGAGGUCCAUAUGAAUGUAGGGAUUUCUCUGAAACGAGAUACUGCAUGGAACCUGAGAAGAGUAUUAGCAGAUCUGUUCUUCCUCUUUUAGAUUGCAAUGAUGAAAUAUCGAAAUUGUGUUUUGAGAAACCAGCCAGAGUUUGCCUUGAAAUGGGAGAUUCCUACAUCCCUCCACCAAUGGAAGUACGUUACGCUAUAACCAAAAUCACAAAAUUUCGAGAUUUUUCCACGUUCGAAGUCAUGAAGUCCACUAGUAAGAAACCAAAGUGUAUUCCGAAAGCUGUCGAAGGAGUGUUUGUAUUAAAAAAAGAAGAAAACUAUUGUUCGUCCAAAACGUACGAAUAAAUCAAAAAACCUUA